CCCGGAGAGGUGCUGGUACUCAGUCCCGUUGAGUACCGGCAGAGGGGAGAGCGCUGCCCUCCUGACAGGAGUUUAGGAGGAAGCAGAGGGCGACGUGCACGGGCAUGGUGGGGAUGAGCACGGAGGCCAUUGCAGACCCCCCACCCCUGCACACUUUCUGACGUUGUGUUGUGAUGAGUUUUGGCCGGGCCGCUAGGAUGGUCUAACUGUGUGAUGUAUUGUGUCAUUCAGGUUACAGUAAUGAAAGGCAGCGCCAGAGACCAGCCCGCGGACGGAGAAGGCACGGCCAAGCGACCCAAGAGAAAGUGCCUGCAGUGGCAUCCGCUGCUCGCCAACAAGAUCCUAGACUUCUCUGAGGAGGACGAGGACGACGACGAGGAAGAGGAGGAGGAGGACAUCGACAAGGUCCAACUCCUUGAUGCUGAUGGUCUUGAACAUGAGGGUGAUGAAGCAGAAGACAGUGAAUCACCUGAACAGAGAGCUCGCCGACCAAUGAACGCUUUUCUACUGUUCUGCAAGCGUCACCGCUCCCUUGUGCGUCAGGAGCAUCCUCGACUGGAUAACCGUGGUGCUACAAAAAUAUUGGCAGAUUGGUGGGCCUACCUGGAUCCUAAUGAAAAGCAGAAGUAUACCGACAUGGCAAAAGAGUACAAGGAUGCAUUUAUGAAAGCACACCCUGGUUAUAAAUGGUGCCCUACAACAAAUAAACCAAUACAAGCCCAAUCUCCUACUGUGACAACAAGGAAGAAACUUUGGGCUUUUCCUCCAGACUCCAUUAAGGAAAUUCCAAGUGUCAAGAAAGAGUCUAAAGAAGAGGAAAUGCCACAGAUAAAUUUUGGCAUAGCAGAUCCAACACAAAUGGGAGGACUCAGCAUGUUGCUCCUAGCUGGAGAACACGCCUUGACUGCACACAAGGAUCAAGCUAUGACUGCACAAGUAGAGAGUACAGAGACAGAGGUAUCCACAACUAUUGCACAAUCAACAGAGUCCGAUUCUUUACAGCCGAGUAAGACAUCUGCACUUUUUGAAUUUGCAGAGAUUUCCUCCAGCACACCAAAUUUGGAGAUCUCAUCCCCUAAGCGAUGUGAGGAGUCUGCACUGUUCCAGUUUGCUGAGAUAUCAUCAAAUACUCUGCAAGUUAACAACCCAGAUCCUUCGAAAUGUUGUGAAAAAACAUCCCUCUCCCAUUUAGCAGAGAUUUCCUCAAGCGCAUCACAUUCCGAUUCAUCUGCAUCAGCAAAGCAGUGUGGGACAUCAGCAUUGUUUCAGCUUGCAGAGAUGUGUGUGGCGUCAGAAGCAGUGAAAAUGGAAAUUUCAGGAAAUAUCACUCCAGAGAAAUUGAAAGCUGUGGUGACAGAUGAAGACAUGAUUUGCAGCAGCCCGAAGGAAUGCUGUAAUGCGUGUCAAGAGGAAAGUUUUAGCGAUGUUAAAAUUAACAAACAUGACUCGCCUUCCCCAGAGCAUUUGGAUAUGCAUUAUUUUGGACUUCUAAAACGGGAAAAAUUUAAAAAGAAAAAGAAGAAAAGCAAAACGGAUCAUGAUUCGAUCGAGAAAGGGUCUCCAAAGAAGAGUUGUAAAAGGAGGCAGUCCUCGGAGUCAGAUAUUGAAAGUGUCAUGUACACAAUAGAGGCAGUCGCAAAGGGAGACUGGAGUGUUGAAACACCUUCAGUUUCUCCGUGCAAAAAAAUACAUUCAGCUGCUAGUCCAAAACAUAACUUAUCUGAAACUAAGAAAAAAAUUAAAUCAAAAGAGAAGAUAAAUGAUACAGCUUUAGAGACUACCAAAGACUUGAUAAAACCAGAGCCCAUAAAUACAAUGCUUGCCAUGGAAUUACCUAUUGAAGUACCUGAUGAGAUAAAGGAAGAACCACUAUCUCCUGCAGAGGACAUACCUAUGUUAUGUAUACAAGAAAUGCUCAAAACUGAAGACUGUGACAUUAGCAAAAAAGCUGAAGCCUGUGGGUCAAGGAAGUCUGAGAGGGCCUGUAAAGGGGCUCUCUACAAAACACUUGUAUCAGAGGGCAUGCUGACAUCAUUACGGGCCAAUGUUGACAGAGGUAAAAGAAACCCAGGAAAAGGGGGUUCAUCUGAUCACGAGGGCAGCUGGAAUGAUGACAACUGGUCACUUAGCCAAAGUGGGAAUAGUGGGACUAAAAAACUGAAGAAAGUAAAACCAAAGGAGGAAGGGCCUGCUGGUUUAGCAAAGCUGGAGGAGGAGUUUGAGAAGAAGUUUAAUAGCCUUCCUCAGUACAGCCCUGUAACAUUCGACCGCAAAAAUGCUUUCCAGAGGAAAAAGAAAAAAACAAAUAGUGGACAAACUGAGCAACAGAAAGGUGCUAUACAGUCUCAAAAGAAGCUAUUUCACAAAAUUGUAAGCAAAUACAAGCAUAAAAAGGAGAAGCAAAGCACAUUGGAUAAAGCCAUAGAAGACAAAAACAAUAAUGAUGACCCAAGGAGCAGUUCCAAUUCAGUUCCUCACAUUCCAGAACCUACUGCAAACCAUGAACCGCUGGUUGGAAGUCAAAAAAGAAAAGCAAGAAAAAAUAAAAUUACACAUCUUAUUAGGUCUUUGGAUUGUCAGUCGUCUUCCACUGUUAAAAGUCAAGAUGGAAAGAUUCCCACAAAUAGCUGCAACAUGGAGGGAACUUGCCAGGCAGAACUGACAAUCACAGAAGAAGCUGGCAUUGCACAGAACUGCAGUAUUACCCAGGACAUGCCGGCUGUGUCUGCUUUCUUUAGUCUAGCUGCUCUGGCUGAGGUAGCAGCCAUGGAAAAUGUUCACAGGAGUCCUAGGUCCACCCAUUCAAGAGAUGGCCAGAAGAAAGAAAUGCCCAAGUCUGCUGUGCUCAUCUCCUGUGCUGACCAAUAAAGCAUCACUUUAUGACAAGACUUUUCUCCAUAUUUAAAUCUAAGCCUUGAGCCUUACUUAGCAAGGCAGAAAUGAUCCAUACAAUGGGCAGAAAUAAGUAUGGGACCCUGAUUUCACUUGAAGCCAGAAGCUGUUCGUGGGGGCUUUGCCCAGAAAGCUUGACUUUUUCUUCUACUAAUGGAAACAAAUGGUUUGAUACUCACGCCAGCUUUCUACUAAGGCUAACAUUGAGAUGAUGGGAAAAGGAGGCCAUGUGUAUUGUGUCUCCAUGUAGAAGCUGUCGCAAGCAGCAGAGCGUUAUACUAGUUUCAUAUUAUAGUUAUGAAAAAGAAAAAAAAAUACUGAUGCACUGCACUAGUUAAUAGUUAUUCUUGGUCAUUUUUGUAAAUGAGGAUUUACGUUCCAAAAAUGGUUUAUAUAAUAGUUUAUGCUUACAUUUAUAAUAAGUUUAAAAGAUGUUCCAGGAAGACUUAAACCGUAGGCUCAGGUGUACCAUUUUUAGGGUUGUCGUAUGUCUGGUCUGCAACCCCUUGUCUUCUGCACUUCCAGUAACUUUUCUGUAGAAUACAGGUCCUGCUUCAUAUUCUAAGCAGCAUGCCACGUGCCAUAAACACAAACUAUUUCUAUGCCACCUAAUACUUAAUUUCAGCUCAAGGAUGGAUGUUAAAGCCCAAACUGCCACUUAAAUACCAGAUGUAUAUGUUCUACAAGCUCAGUUACAAGCCUUAAUAGAUAUUGAUUAGCUGUCAGUAUGGCAACAACUUCUAAGCCAUACAUUUCUCAUCGUUGGUUUAUUACUUCAAAUAAAAACACAGCAUUCCUAUGUAAAACUGCAUUGUAUACCCUACCUAUAUAUGUGUAAAAUUUCAAACGGAUAUCUUUUGUCACUGAGCAGACCGUUGGAUAACGGCCUCUAAAAUAAUGGCAUCUUAGAAUCCUGGGAAAUUUUACUUAUAUGUGUACAAUUAUUGCCAAUUAUUUUACAUGGGAGUAAUACGUGUUACUGUCAAUGCUACCAUAUAACUGGUUAAUAUUUUGCUCAUAUUUGAUGGUAUUUAGCAUUGUGGCAUAUCUUUUUAGCUUUUUUUUUUCCACAGUUAAUUUAUAAAUUGAUAAAAAUAUUUUAGCUGUUUACUGAUGCUUACAGAUCAGGGAUAGCUAGUGGCCAGGAAAGUAAAGUAUUAACUAUGCACCAUUGUUGGCAUUAGGGGUUAGGUUUUUCUUAAUACCCCUUAACUAUAUUAACAUUAAAUAGAAAUUAUAAAUCAUUUAAAUUCACAUUAAUACAGCUGUUGCAUAGUCUAAUGGCCUUAAGCCAUAAAAAAUAUAUCUAUAUAUAUUUUCCCGUUCUAUUUGGCACUUAACAUGGAUUGAUAUAAAUUAUGUGAAUAGGUGAAUCUGUAAAUUAGAUGAAUAGGUUAAAAAAUUGCUACUCCUAAUUUAGCCUGGCCACAUACGCUAUUAUAUUGGUGCCGAUUUACUCAAGCCAGCUCAAUGCUGGUGAGUUUCUAAUACUUCCAACGUGACCAUAUAAUUUGCAUUAAUUUCAAGCAUACUUGGGGUUAUGUUUCCACAUGACCUCUAUCUGGCAGAUUGUCCAGGUUUCCAUCAGGUGACUAUCUCGAACCCAAUAGGAUCUGGCUGCUGUUUUUGAGCACCAAAUAGCUGGAUUUUUUUUUAAAGGAUUAGCCCAAAUUAUUCAUGACCUAAAAUAUAACCUGUUGCUGAAUGGUUUCUAACUAUGUGUAUUCCGCUUAAUUUGAGAAACCUACAUUUUAAAAGCAAUAGCAGGUGCUCAUGUAUCCAGUGUAGAUUUAUUGCUGUAUUCAAGAAAAUAAUGCAAGUGCCCCAGGGAAAAGUGAAGUUAUCUUCUUUCAAUGUACAGUGAUAGCACCAUUUGGGUUCCUUUUGCAAUACUACACUGACCCAAAUUUUGCUUUGUGCAUACUUGGUAGAAAAUAUUAUAAAGUAUUUAUAAAAUUAUUGUGUUUUUUUUUUUUUUUUUUUUUUUACAAUUGGCUAUUUUCCACUUUUGUGAUGCAGCACAAUCUUUUAUAGAGUUUACUAGUUUUAGUGAUAGUGUUGCAUUGUGCUGUUUUUAUUAUGAUCUUAUGAAUUGUACAAAUAACUUUAUUUUGUUAGAGCGAUAAGCAACUCUUUCUUUUUAAAAAAUAUUUUUUUCUUUCAGUUACACCACUUGCUUCACUAGUUGUAUAUUAAUUGGCUUUCUAAAUGCUCUAUUAUAUGCUCAUGUAAGAACCUAAUGUUUAUUUCCAUUGUGCCCAAUGUAAAAUACUCAAGUUUUUUUUGUUCUAAUUAAGAGUCCAGAGACUCAAAUAACCUGAUUUAUUAAGAUGUGAAGUUGGACGUGAAUUCAAAAAUGUUAAACUUUGCUAUGUUUGGAAAAUUUAGAAAUAUUAAUUGUGCCUAAACAGUACACUGAAAAUGUACCUUUUGUCUUGAACAUUUACUAAAAACAGCUUGAUACUUCCUUCAAAGCUUAGGUACUCCUGUGCCUACAGCCUGUGAGUUUAGGGUACUUCUGCCUUUUACUGCUAGGAAAUUUGGAGUGAGUGUUGGUGAUGUAACUACUGUGCUGCUCACUGAUCUCCCUGCUGGAGGCUCUGACAUAAGGGAAGCAAAAGCCCUGCCUCUAAGCACCGUGCAGAACGAGGUGUGAUAAUUCAGUAAUUAAAAAAGAUGCACAGGGAAUACGGGUGAUUAGUUCUUCAUCUUCUGCCUGUCUUUAUUUAGGCACAGCUUCCACAGAGUUCAGCUUCUAGUGAUUACUUCAAACAGCCAAUUAUCUGCAGGAGAAUUAAAGAAUUUCUGCUUCACGUGAUUGAGUGUUUGAGGGAGACACAGGUACACGUCGCCACAUAUCACACCUUGGUAAAUGAGGCUCAUUAAAUGUUGUGUCACUGUAUUCUUUAUAGACAAAUGCAGGUACAAAUAAUCAGUUUAUCACUGGAUGGUUAUUUUCUUGACCACUAAGCAAUAUCAAAUUUGGCAGAACGUGGAGUUAACCUUUUGAUUUUGUGGCAGACAAGAAAGUUCCAGGGCAACUGGUUCACCUAACAGAGGGACAGGAGCCAUAUGUUUUUUUCUAGGGGGCCCAGAAGAGACAGUAACCCUACCUGUGCACUUCCUGAAUAUGAAUUUAACAGACACUCAAGAUUACCUGCUUAGAAUGUUUUUAAACUGAUAAUAGCUAUAUUGUGUUAGACACUUGGCACAUUUCAUUGCCCUUCCAUGUUAGAGACAUGAUGAGAUGUUUUGAAUUAUGAACUCAAGGUUAUAGUGAAGGAACAGGCAAGUUGGCAUAGGUGUUUAAAUGUAGAUGCAUUUAACAAGUUCUCUCACUUUACAGAUACUUAUAUUUAGCCUAUCUAUUGAAAAGUGUUGUUACUGGUCAUACAUGUGUAAAUAUAUAUGUGCAGCCAGUAUUCUUCCUGCUCACAAAGUAGUGUGGAGACUUUGGACCUUCUCCUUUUAGAAACGGCUCUGUGUGCAAAACAACUGUAAUUGUGCACCAAGUACUAAUGAGCAUUUUUAAACGCUACAAACCCCCUUGUACUAUUUAGCACUUUUAGCACUACAUUUCGGACCACCGAGUCGCUGUUAGAAAUUUGCCACUUCCUGAAUCCUAAUUAGCUACAAUCCAAAAAUCUAUUAGUUUACUAUUAUUAAUUUCUCCCAGCACCUUAACAAUGGUACAAGUGUAUUUUGUUCCAGAAUUCCCUUAUAUAUCUAUUUUUGUCUGAAUGAUUCCAAAUAACAUUUCAAGAUUUCUCCUAGAUAUUUCUGUAUAACUAUGGUACCUUUGUAAAAGGAAAGAAAAAAAUAUCCUUAUUUUUAUGUGAACAAUUGAGUUACUAAACCUAAGUGGCUUUCCCUUAGAGUAGUGUAGUGACUGUUUUCUGAAACUUUUGUAGAUAUUGCUUAAUUUUUAAGCUGCUAGGCACUAAAAGUAGCAGAAAUCCUGCAAAGCUUUAGUUAGAUUUUGAGAUAUUUGCCAUUGAUGGCUCUAAAUAUGUGAUUUUCAGUAGUUAUAUUUGCUAAUGCACUGAAUCUUUUAGGCAAGGCAAUGUUAUAAUCAGGUAACAAAUGAUUAGCACAGAUGUUCAACAUUUUACACCGUGUCCGGCUUUGUGUGUUUGUAUAUGUCAUAUGUCUCUCUCCUUUAACCCAGAGCUGGUCUGAGACUGUAAGAUUUUCAUGCAAAAAUGAUAUUCAAAUGACCCUCUCAUUGCACCUUUAAAGGAGAGCUCCAGACAAUACAUAAAAUUAAGCAGUAACCGCCAUGUGUCUGUAUUUGUUCCUUUUAGAAUGAAAAAAUAAUACUUCCUGAAGUUUUCGGAUUGUGGCAAAAAGAAAACGGCACCCUGUGUCUCUGCUUGGUUCCAGAUAAAAAAAAAUUGCCAUUAUAAACAGUCCAUUUUACAGUAAACUCUUUCCCAUCAAUAGUGCAUGUAACUAAACAUUAUGCAAGUACACUGAUUUAUCAGUCUGUAGUUCUCCUUUAAUGCAGCGAGAUGUCAUCUAGUGACUUUUCAUCCAAGGAUCCAAUUUGGCUAUCCUUGCUCUGUAUCAUCUUAAGGGGAUUCAAACCUUACAUUGGAUUUGUAGUUUAAAUAUUACAGAUCAGCAAUUUCUUGUGGACUUUCCAUAGUUUCUAUGAAGGCUUUGGUUAGACUAAAGCUGUUAGAGUUUGAUAUGGCACAUAACUUUGUUUCUUUUCUAUACUCUAUGUACAAUCAUUUUACCCCAUCCUAGAGCCAAGUUACAUUUCUUUAACAGGUGAGAUGGCCCUUAUAAUAUUGUAUCCUUAAACUUCCUACAAACCUCAGUCAGUGGUUGGUCAUCCUGCAUAGCUGGCUGUUGAAUGAUCUUUUGUAUGCAUUGAGCCAACAUGUAUGUUUGUGCCUAUAGAGGAGAGAGGGGAGUGUGGCAGGCACUGGUCUGUUUCAAAGGAAGCAGUCGUGGUCAGGAAAAUUUCAGUUUUUGCUGAGUUAACUUUCAUGGUUUGUAUAUAACAUGAUUCACCAAUUUGACUAUAACCAGUCAGCUUGUGCAAACAUUCUUUAAGGAUGUAGCCAGGCAACAAAUAGGUGCAUAUCACCGGGGGUCAAUACAGUGAAUGGCUAAGGUCCAUAACCAAGUUGAAGAUCAGAUCUAGGAUGGCAACUGAGUUUGCACAUAAACUGUACAGAGUAUGCGCUUUAUGCAGUUCAUGCAUUUUUCUGCACUAGAACAGCUAAGACGUUUUUGGAGGUUUGAGUCACUUUAAAUACACAGAGCUUGCGUAGAGCACAACUUUGUUUACCACAAUGUUCAUUUGAUCAUUUUCACAGCAAUGCCAUUGUUUGCAAUCAGUCUUUGGCAAAAUAAUUGCACCUUAUGAAUCUUUAAAAACCAAAACAGAAAUCUUAUCUGCAUCCAUUACUGCAAUGUUUGUUUACCAAAUAAUGAACAUCCUUGUGUUUGCAUGCAUGUACUGCAUCCCUAGUUAAUUUCUGGACUUGAACCUGUACUGUAAGAAAGUUGUGCUUAUUUCAAAAUGGGCUCUAGGCAGUAGAGCUCUCGCCUCAUGCAGUGUUCCAUUCAAUGUUUUGCUUAUUAUGUUUGCUUUUACUUUUGUUCACACUGUGGUUUUUACCACAUCAGGCAGUGUUCCAGAGAUUCCAGAAGAAUCAGGUUCUUAUCCAAAAAUUAGAUUCCAUUUCAGCGACCAAAAUCAUUCAUCAUACUUGUUAGUUAAACAUGACAUGUUUGACAAUGUUCCCAUCCUAAUGCUGUUCUCCUGAAUUGAAUUUAUAUUUAUUAAAUAACAAACUAAUGUUUUAUACAGCUGUAAUGAUCUUAUUUUGUUCCCAGUCAAGCUCUGUGUGGAUUUAUUAAAACUGAGCUGGUAAUAAAAAGUAAAAAUAAUAAGCUGCAAAUUGGUUUGGGUUAUCACUCUAUAUAAUAUGGUCCUCAAAUCUGAUCAUUUUUUGCAAUAUUUGUAUGAUGUACUCACUAUUUGAAAUUUACUUAGGAUUACAUGUUUAAGUAUAAUUUUAAACAUUCUUUACAUAGUUUGGAACCGUGGGACUCUUUAAAAACUUAGUAAGAAUGGCUCCACUGUAGUCAAUGUUGGAUUUUAUUUUCUAAACUGUACUAAAAUUGAUAUUUGGAAUCUGAUUGCGAGCAACACUUUUGCAGUAGCAGUUGUGAAUAAGCCCACAGGUAAACCUCUGCAUUAGACAAUAGUACUGAUUUAUUAAAACUAGAGAGGAGAAAAUGUAUGUUGUGUUAAUAUUGCCCAUACCAGCCUUCCCUGUUUUCGGUACCAUUUUUAAACAUACUUGAUAAAUGACCCCUUAAGAUGAGCCUAAGCUCUACAGACACCUUGCCAGCCCUCUCUCGCUACUCCUUCCCCCAACAAAACCAGUGACAAUACCUGAUGUUUCUUGGUGUGGGGGAGCCGGUGAUCUUCUCCCAUGAUAGGGCCCAGGGCUAGAAGGCAAUUGCUAACUUCAAUUGCUAUCACUGCUUUAUUCAACAUCCGGCACUAGCAGGUGAUGGGAAUUUUGUGCUGGCUGUGAUAAAGGCAGCAACAGCAAUUGGAGCCCUGGAAAAGUAUGUAAUGGGGGUUUGGGAGGUGACCUUUACAAAGACUGCCAUUUUCCCCUAAAUUGGCUAGUGUAUUACGUUGUAAUUUUAAGCGACAUCCCUUCCUGGCACUAUGCCCUGCACAAUGACUUGCACACAGACAGCACUGACACUUUUUCUUUCUGCAGUUUUAUUUUAUAAACUAACCCUAAAAUGUUGCAGCUGCUAGGACGUAGACUCCUCAUGAAUGACUAAAGUGUGUACUUGAUAAACCAGGCUCCAUGUAAUGAAAUAUAAAUACUCCAUCGCCUACUUCAUAUUAAUGACUACCAACCAAUAAUUGAUAUUAAUUUACAAUAGACUUCCAAUAAUGAAUUACAAAAGUCUUCAACUUCAUCAUUAAUAGAUUAUGGGUGAUAACAUAUGCUUAGAUUUGGUGCUAAAAGAAUGGAUUGAAUCUCUAGUAUUAGCUAUUUUCCCAAUAUCUUGGUAGAUAUGAUUUUUUCCUUAAAAAUGCAGAAAGCAUUAUCCUAGUACACCACCUCUCACAAUAGUUGGAGACACAAUUGGCCUAAAUACAUUUGUACUAUAUUUCACACAGAGAAUAGAUGCAUUGGAAAGCAGAUUUUUAGAUGUAACGCUAAAAGUGGCAACCUGACCUUGCCUUAUGGGCUUAACCCUGCAACAAAACUUUUGAGCUGGUAAGUAAAACAUUUGCUAAUGUUUAUUAUAAUUAAUACCUAAAUAUCUAAUGAUAUGCCUAAUUAUAAGCAGGAUUCAAUAAGCUACUAGGUAACACCUGUAUAACUGCCAUUUCAUUUCAUCCUAAAAAAUUGCAACUCUACUUUUUUUUUUUUUUUUUUCCCUUUUUUAUAUUGUGCCUAACAUGGCUGAAAUUUCAGAGAUGUCCAUAUGAAACCACGGUUAACUUCUCUGUGUGCAGAUUUAUAAGCACUUCAGAUGAAAACAUUAUUAACUAUUCAUCAAGGCACCAGUUUUGGUUCUCUGUAAUCCCCCCCCC